AUGGAGAGACUACAGAAGAAAACCCCCAGAACUACAGGGAGGAAGAGGAAGAGCUGCGACGUGCAGGACCUGGUGUUCAGUGAGAACAAGAGAAACAAAGUGAGAGGAAACUGUCGAAACAACAAACAGGAGAAGAGAGACGGCCCUCUUCAGAAGAACGGAGAGUUAAUCCACAGCUCUCCCUCCAUCCUGGGCAGCAAAGCUAAAACCAUCAUCAGCCUUGUCAGUGGACAUUCAGUGGACAAGGAGACGGCUACCACGGCAACCAAACCAAAACGAGGACGGAGAAAGCUUUAUAGGACGGACGCCUCAACUCCACUAAUCGACUCCCCGAGCAUGAUGGCCGGAGGAGCAAAGGAGGAGAAGGAGAGCGAUCACCUCAUCAUCAAGAGACAGCUGCGCUCCAAGACAUGCAGGAAGUGACAUCAUCGUGUGACAUCAUCAUCAUAUGACAACACUAGCUGGUCUGAAGGCGGUCUUUCUAACUAAAGAGGUUUUAAAUAUUUGUACAGUUUGUUUUCUUAUUUUUAGAGAGAAGAGGACGACGACGACUCUUUUCAAUAAAUAAAUCAAAUCGCCCGUAUCUCUUUACUGUUUGAUCUCCUCAGCUAACAAGUGAAAAAUAUAUAAUUAUUAGUUAUACUUUUUAACUCUCACACCUGUUAUUGAUGAAUAAUAUAACACAAUUAUUUUUAAUAAUUCAUAUUUCAAUCAUCUGAUGUUUAACACACUGUCUCAUUAUUUCCGUUUUUGUUGAUGAUUAUAAAAAUAGAGAAUAACUCUUAAAAACAGGAAACAAACAUCCUUUAAUUCAUCGACAUAAUGUCAACAUGUGGUUUUUUCGCGACAAUUUUCAGAGAAACAGUGAAAUGUGUUUCUGUGACUCAGCGAAGAAAACAAAAUGCACCAUCAGAAUAAACCAGA